AUGGCUGCUCCCCAGCACGUCCGCGCCGCUCCCCUCGCCGGCGCGCUCCGCGCCACCGCCACCGCCACCGCCUCAGCCACCGCCCCCAUCAAGUCUCAGGGGACUUCCCGCCGCGCGCUGCUCGGCCUCUCGGAGCCUCAGCUCCGCCAGCUCGCCCUCCAUCUUGGCCAGAAAAGCUACCGGGGCAAGCAGCUGCACGAUCUCCUCUACAAAUCAAGAGCCAAGCAAAUCGAAGAUUUCAACCACGUGCCCAAGGCAUUCCGGGAGGCGUUGCUUGGCGCUGGGUGGAGUGUUGGCCGGUCACCAGUGCACCACGCCGUCACAGCCUCGGAUGGCACUACCAAGAUACUUCUCAAGUUGGAGGAUAACCGGUUGAUUGAGACAGUAGGAAUUCCUGUUGAUGAUGACAACAAAGGCUCUUCUAGGCUCACUGCCUGCGUUUCAUCACAGGUUGGCUGCCCCCUGCGUUGCUCAUUUUGUGCCACGGGCAAGGGAGGGUUUGCAAGGAACCUUCAACCACAUGAGAUUGUUGAACAGGUGUUGGCCAUCGAGGAGACGUUCAAACACAGGGUGACAAAUGUUGUGUUCAUGGGGAUGGGUGAGCCCAUGAUGAACCUGAAGUCAGUUCUAGAAGCACACCGAUGCUUCAAUAAGGAACUAAAAAUCGGGCAAAGGAUGAUGACAAUAUCUACAGUUGGUGUGCCUAAUACAAUAAAAAUGCUAGCGUCUCACAAGCUUCAAUCAACACUGGCAGUCAGUCUGCAUGCCCCAAAUCAGAAGUUGCGGGAGACGAUUGUUCCUAGUGCCAAGUCUUACCCCUUGGGAGCACUGAUGGAUGACUGCAAGAAUUACUUCCUUGAAACUGGGCGCAGGGUAUCCUUCGAGUACACUCUGCUAGCUGGGAUCAACGAUGAAAAGGAGCUUGCCGAGGAGCUAGCAGAACUACUUCGUACCUGUGGAGGUGGUUACCAUGUGAACCUGAUUCCCUAUAACCCAAUUGAAGGCUCCGAGUACAAGAGACCUUACAGAAAAGUGGUUCAAGCGUUUGUGGAUGCUUUAGAAGCUCGGAAGAUAACCGUCAGCGUUCGACAGACCCGUGGGCUUGAUGCUAACGCAGCCUGUGGCCAGCUGAGAAAUGAGUUCCAGAAGAAUCCACUGCUUGAAAUUGAACCGUCACCCUCCACAGAGCCUAUCAGGUUGACGCAGCCAAUUCAAGCAUACGAAAUCGCCGUUUAA